AUGGUGCUGUCAAGCCUCUCCUUCUGGCCCACCGUCUUCCUUACCCUAGUCAUCUUCUUCAGCGCCACUGCCUUCGCCUCUACAAACUCAACGUACCCAAAGCGCGGCCUGAUAUAUAUAUCCACCUCACACUCGUCCCACGACGAUUCGAUCUUCACCGAAUCCGGAUCGCCGUUGACGUGGUACUAUAAUUACUCACCAUGGCCGACGGACUCGCUCUUCAACGCCAUGGAAUUCGUCCCCAUGGUCCAUGGUGCGUCGAAUGCAGAAGACGACGUCGACACAAUCAAAUCGCUGUCUGGCGUUAGCCACAUCCUCACGUUCAAUGAGCCCGAUAUCGACACAGCUGACGGUGGCACGAACACUCUGCCCAACGAUGCUGCCAAAGCGUAUCUGGAUACGCUGGCACCCUUAAGAGAGGAGCCGUAUGGUUUGAAGCUGAGCCUACCCGCAACAUCGGGCUCAGAAGCCGGUCUAACCUGGCUCGCCAAGUUCAACACCUCAUGCUACCGCCUCAACUCAACCCACGGCUGUGAGUUCGACUUCAUAGCAUCGCACUUCUACGGACCCUUCCCAUCCCUCGCGUCCUGGUUGCGCCAGAUCCACGAGCUCUACCCGAACAAGAAAAUCUGGCUAACCGAGUUCGCCAUCCCCGCCGCCGACGACGAGACCACUCUCGCAAUGAUGAACGAGACCCUGCCUUACCUCGACGGACUGGGCUAUGUGGAAAGAUACAGUUGGUUUGGCACGUUCAGGUCCGACGACGCGAACGAGUGGACUGGAGACGGGGUGAGUAUGCUCGAUGGGAGUGGGAAACUGACCAGCGUUGGAGCGGAAUAUCUCGGUGGACACCAAAAUGGGUUCGCAGAGGGUCAGGGACACAGCAGUGCUGCUACUGCUGUUGUUGAACUCCGGCCUGCUGUAAGGUAUCUGCUCGCCGGGUUGGCGGUUGGGAUGCUGGAUACUAUCUGUACCGUAUGGUAG